AUGCCUUCUGAUUGGCGUUCUGAGUAUCUAGCCUCAUUCAGAGAGCAAGAGAAGAACAACCCUGUUAAUCUGGAGAUUGUUCAGCUCUUAUCACAGUAUGCUGACCAUCUCCCUCUCUUCAAACACACAGGCUCCCAGCUCUCCGACCGCGUCGCAGCCCUCGAGGCCGAAAAAGAACUCCUCAAGUCCAAGAUCGAGCCUAACGCGGCGCCGAGAGGUAGAGAGACGUCAAUAGAUACCAUUAGUACCGAUCCCAACUUCAACCAGCUGCAACUCAACCUCGCCGAAGCGUUGCGGUCGAACGGGACGCUCCAGACUCGAGCGAAAACGGCGGAAGAAGAAGUGCAGGCCUUGCGGAAGAAGGCAAGGGAGGAUGCGAGGCAAAUCAAGCACCUCACAGCCGAGAAGACUGCUAUAGCGACGAAACUGCAAGACAGAGAACACGAGCUUCGAGAGAAGCGGAAACUUGUCGAGAAUGUCCAGGACGAAAUGAUCACAUUAAACCUGCAAAUGGCCAUGGCCGAGAAGGAGAGAGACAAGGUCAAGAAAGAGAACAAGGAGCUCGUCGACCGCUGGAUGAAGAGAAUGGCACAAGAGGCCGAGGCCAUGAACCUCGCAAACGAGCGCUGA